AUGGAGAAAGAACGGAUGCUCGGUUUGUUCCUGGUGAUUUUAAGCAGUUUAGUGGAGGCUUUUCAAUCGACACAGAUUUAUGACUACACCAAAUAUCACCCCAUGGAAGAGAUAUCCAGGUGGAUGGAAGAUGUGGAGCGAGGGAACCCAGAGCUGGUCUCCUCUGCCGUCUAUGGAUACACUUAUGAGGGAAGAAACAUCACCCUGCUGAAGUUGGGACUAGAAAACCCGGAGGGCAGAGAGAAGAAGGUUAUCUGGGUGGACUGUGGUAUCCAUGCUCGAGAGUGGAUCGCUCCUGCCUUCUGCCAGUGGUUUGUCAAAGAGAUCGUGCACUCGUAUUCUACCAAUAAGAAGCUGGAGCAGAUGCUGCAGAACCUUGACGUCUAUGUUACUCCUGUGGUCAAUGUGGACGGAUACGUGUUCACCUGGGCCAAUACCAGCACUCGUCUGUGGAGAAAGUCUCGUUCGACCCCUCCUCCAGGCAGUAGCUGUUAUGGUGUCGACCUCAACAGAAACUUUAAUGCCAACUGGGGAACGGUCGGAGUGUCGUUUGACAGUUGUUCGAACACCUACUGUGGGAAGUCAGCGGGGUCAGAGCCAGAGGCGAAAGCUGUGAUGGACUUUGUUGGUAGGAUGGUGAACAAGACUCUGUGUUUCCUCACCAUCCACUCUGCUGGGCAACUUAUACUCUUACCAUACGGCCACCCGGAGAUCUCUGCACCCAACUAUCAUGAACUGGUUUCAGUCGGUGAGGCAGCGGCAGAAAAGAUGGAGAAGGUUCAUGGAAUGGGCUACACUGUCGGAACAUCUCCACAAAUCCUCUAUCCAAACUCAGGCUCAAGCCGCGACUGGGCUCGUCUCAUCGGCAUCCCGUUCUCUUACACCUUUGAGCUGAGAGACAAAGGUGAGUUCAGCCACUUGCUGCCAGAAGAGCAGAUCCAGCCGGCCUGCGAGGAGGCCUACGCAGGAGCUCUCUCCAUCAUCGCACAUGUUCACGACAAGACCUUCAGCAGCGGCAGCCUCCCUCACGCUGCUGUUUCUGGGCUGCCAAUGAUCAUUUGGAGCACCAUCAUCACUGUGUUUCUCAGCACAGGGGUCUUUGUGUGA